AUCUGGUGUUGCUCACAGGACCUGGCCCCCGUGUUUUCUGAGGUCGACCGCCUGGUGGCGGCCAAUGUCCGCAAGGUCCAGAAGGCCUUUCGCGACCACCGCAUAGGGCCCCACCACUUCCAGGGCUCCACGGGUAAAACCCGGGUGGCUCACAUUCAGCGGUCGUGUGGCUAUGCGUUGAGACCCACCUUGUCUGUUGAGGAAAUCGGCAGGGCGGUGCAGGCACAGAUCAUCAAGUCCCAGGACCCCUCCGUGGUGGUGACUGUGGACAACUGCUACGGGGAGUUCACCGACACCCGGGAGCCAUGUGACGUGGGGGCGGAUCUGGCGAUGGGCUCACUCAUUAAGAACCCGGGUGGCACUAUCGCCCCCGGUGGCGGCUACGUGGCAGGACGAGCAGACCUGAUCGGCUGCGUGGCGGCCCGGCUGUAUGCCCCCGGCAUCGGCAUCGACGCGGGGGGAGUACCGGGGUCCACAUUGCGCAUCUUCUUCCAGGGCUUGUUCCUGGCGCCGCAGACGACUGGGGAGGCGCUCAAGGGGGGCCGGCUGGUGGCUGAGCUGCUGCAUCGAGAGGGGUUCACGGUCAUCCCAGCCCCCGGAGUACCCGAGGUGUGGUCCAUGAUCACAGCCGUGGAGCUCAGGUCGCGGGAGAGGAUGACCGCCUUCUGCCGGGGAAUCCAGAGAACCUGCCCCAUUGGAUCGUACAUUUCCCCAGAACCAGGCGUUACAGCGGGAUACGGCGACGAGGUUAUCUUCGCGGAUGGUACUUUUAUCGAUGGUUCGACAGCGGAGCUGUCGGCAGACGGUCCUAUACGGGAGCCGUACGUCGUGUACUGCCAAGGCGGCACACACUGGACGCACUGGGCGCUGGCUCUAGAGGGAGCAGUGACUUCAUUACGUGAAGCAGUUGCGAAGGAUAACUAA